UAGCAUGGUGAACUUCAUUAAACCUUUAUACCUUGGGACUGAACGGGAAUUUGCUAAUUUAUACGCGAAUCCAAUAAAAAAUGGUCAGCAUAAAGAUUCCAGUAAAAAGGAUAUUACGGUAAUGAAGCAGCGAUCGUAUGUGCUACACAAAAAACUAUCUAAGUUUGUUCAGGCUCUCUAUGUGGCAACCAGCACCGGGUUCUACUCUACUAGCAGCCGUAAUCCCGUUCUGUGCCUCUUGAGCAGCGGGACGACUCCUGUCACCCAACAGUCGGAUUGGACGAAGGAAGCAAAAGCAGCAAGGGAGGCACACCGCCAGUCAGGAGAAUUCGUUGGUCAGAAUCAAUCAAAUGUCAAUAAUCUUAUUGAAAUAAACCUAGUUAUAAUCAAUUCUCCACGACUUCUACUCUGGGCUGGGUCGGAAUUCUCUUUCAGCAACCACGCCGUACACAAACAAAUUUCUGUGACGAACCCUGGCCAUCCCUGAGCCAACCUACAACGACAAACCGCCACAGUGGCGCCCGACCGACUCCGGCGGAGUAAUGUCGAGCUGGGUAUAUCUGGCACCAAAGAGUGAACUAACGAAAUACACGGAAGAGUUCGGGUUUGGAACGGCAGAAAGAAGCGAAGAUUUAAGACGUUUGU